AUGAAUAACGUGGGCGUCCCAGCAGCGGACAACGUCUACACCGGGCCCUGGGUCAACUGGUCGCGAGGACGAGUAUUUGGCGCAACAAUUACACUCGGCGAACGCGAUGGCAACUUUCUCAUCGCCUUCAUCGCUCUCUUCGUAGCGUUCGCUGGCACCAGUCUCUUUCGGAUCCUCUGUUUCUUUGCACACCUACGUUUAUCGUCAGAAGCACAACGCGAUGCUAUACACCACCAGCGCCAGGCUGUUCUACGUAAUUCCGAGAGUGGGUUGACCGCGCUAUGGGCCUUCACGAAGAUGCUCUGGUCAUGGAAACGGAAAGGGAAGGGUGACAGGCCGUUGAGGAGGGUGCUUCCGUUGGUGAUUGUGAUUACGGCUAUCACAUUGGCCCUCAUGGCAGCCGGCGUAUCUUCCUCAGAAAUCAGCGCCUUUGCUGGAGAUGAAGUCUUAAUCUCCAGUCCGAAUUGCGGUACCUUGUCGGUCAAAGAAGGCACGACGAUUCAGGAGCUACUGGGAACUUAUGCGUCGUACGAUAAGCUGAGAGCGCAAGCAUUCCGCAGCUACGCUCAGGACUGCUACUCUGGCUCCGAUACCCGCAAUUGCAACAGGCUGGUGCGUACCCGGUUAUCGCGGACAGUCGACACAGACGCGCCAUGUCCCUUUGACGCGAAGAUCUGCAGAACCGAGAAGAACAUCCGCAUCGAUUCCGGCUUACUUGACACUCAUACUGAUCUCGGUAUCAACGCUCCCGGCAACAAGCGCAUCCAGUUUCGGCAUGUCAUGCAUUGCGCUCCGCUGAACAAUACGGGAUAUUCGGAGAGAUUCCAAUUUCCGACGCCGAACAAUUCAUCUAUGCCUUAUGUGCGGCAUUUCUAUGGGCCUUCGGACAACAAGAAUUGGACCUAUCUAUUCCCGAACAACGCCUUACCGCGUAUGUACGCCGAAGGGACCAAGCUGUGGAGUCCUUCCAAGGGGAACCAAACGGGCAACAACAAAGAUUUUGAACCGAUUCAAGAGCUUCGGCGUAACGACUCCGAUGUCAUGGUAGCCUUCCUCUCGCCGAACACCAUUGUCUAUGUGAACGAGGUCAAUGACCCUUGGUAUUCGGCCCAUAAUUUGAUCGGAAACAUGUGGGACACCACGCUGAACAGCACCAUGAAGUAUUACGGCCCGGAUGAUCCGGUUUCUGCUCUUGGCUGCACUAUGAAGUACCAAACAUGCUUGCCGAGCGUAAACGGAGAGAAUCGCUGCUCGAAGCUCGACAGCCUCUACAGUCCCAAGGCUGAGAUUCCCGGCAUGAGUGAAGAUGAGUCCGAGUUGCUAGAUGCUGUCACUGGAUUCCUGCAGAAGUACCCUCUGUCGGAGUUCAUGAUCAACCUGGGCCAGGAGAGUCUCACGUCUCGAUACACCCUCGGGAGAGGCAUUCAGGGCCCAAUCAACGACACACAGUGGCAAUUGGACAUGCAACGCUGGUUCGAUAUGUCGCUCGCAGCCAUUCAAAUGACCGCCGUGGAUACCGCAACUGGACCGAGCGACCCGGCCCUUGGUAAAUUUCUGAAUCCGCCUAGCACGACUGCCGAAGACUACUUCUGCAAGAACCAAAAAAUCCGCUCCACCGCACACUCCAACUUUUCUGUUUUUGGGAUCGCCCUGACUUUCUCUUUGGGGGGCGUCAUCGUGCUCAUCCACUGGUCCCUCGAAUCCCUCUACAAGAAAUGGCUCUGGCGCUUCUGUCACUCCAGGUCCUACGCCACCAUCGAGUGGAACACGAACGGCAUUCUCCAGCUGCAACGCCUCGCGCACGAAGGCGCCGGUUCAGGAGUGUGGAAAUGCUGCGAUGACGGGACGCCAUUGGCGGAUGGCGGGAGCCUCGCGUCCUUGGAUAUCAGGGACCGCAGCCAUCCGGUGCUGGAUAAUAAGGUCGGGGUGAGCCCGUGGUUUGCGCGCAAUAGGAAUUCGGCAGCGAGUGGAGUCUCGAUCCGACAGGCGAGGAAUUCGGGAUCCAGACCGAUAUCGGGGGUGUCAGCCAUUUCUGAAAUUUCGACGUUGCAGGGCCAGCAAGGGAUGACACCUGUUAGACAUGGCUCGUCGGCUGCGAGGUCGACAGAUGGUCGGGAUCCUGCCGCAGAGGCUCAGCAGAGAGACGGGCAGUUCCUGGCUGCGCCAGCGGGGUGUACCUAG